AUGGAGAAAGGAUACUUGGAUGGUCCAUACGAUAUACCACCUUAUUCUGUAUACAGAAUUAGCCCCAUUGGAAUUUCUCAAGGAAAAUACUCAGAGAAAUAUAGACUAAUCGUUGAUUUAUCCUCCCCUCGCAACCAGUCAUCUGAAACAAGCAUUAACGAUCUCAUUGAUAAAGAUGAAUAUUCAUUGCAGUAUGUGCGUAUCGAUGACGCAAUUACCAUUUUAAAGACACUUGGUAGUGAGUCUCUCAUGUGCAAAACGGAUAUAGUGGACGCAUUUAAACUAAUCCCUAUAGCAAAAGAUGUGCAACCCUACUACGGAAUUAAAUGGAGGGAGAAAUACUUCUUCUACAAGAGACUAGUUUUUGGUUGCAGGAGUAGUCCCAAAAUUUUUGACAUGCUUUCCCAAGCCAUCUGUUGGAUAAUCCAGAAUAACUACAAUGUAAGAAAUAUCCUUCAUUUACUGGACGAUUUCAUUACAUUUGACCCCCCGGGCGAAGGCGGAUUGAGGAGUAUGGCUGUUUUGACUAUGGUAUUCAAAAAGCUCGAAAUCCCAAUUUCGGAAAAGAAAACAGUAGGUCCGGACACAGUGAUUGAAUACCUGGGAAUUAUACUCGAUUCUAAAAUUAUGGAGAGCCGUAUCCCCCUGGAGAAAGUCGACAGAAUUUUGACUCUUAUUAAUAACCUUAGAGUAAAGAAAUCAUGUACAAAACGUGAGCUGUUAAGUGUCUUGGGUCAUUUUAACUUUGCAGCACGAGUAAUCCCAGCUGGCAGAUCAUUCACAUCUUACCUACUUACAUUAGCUCACUCUGUGUCGGAACUCCAUUAUCAUGUGUAUUUGACAAGCGAAUGCAGAAAAGACUUGGCAAUGUGGGAGAAAUUUUUACAAGGAUGGAACGGAAAGUCAUUUUUCCUGGAGGAAUAUGUGACAGACACAACCGACAUUUCAUUAUUUACGGAUGCUUCAUCAAACCAUGGCUUUGGGGGGUACUAUGCCGGGCGGUGGUUUCAAGGAAAAUGGCCAGAAGAAAUCCACAACCUGGGAAAUGAUCCUAUUUCUAUGGCACUUUUAGAGUUGUACCCCAUAGUAGUAGCAGUGGUCCUAUGGGGACACGAAUGGUCUGGAAAACGGAUAAAAUUUUUGUGUGACAAUUUAGCUACUGUUCAGAUAAUUAGAAAACGUCGUUCAAAAUCUGCUAUUAUAAUGAAGCUUAUGAGAAAAUUAACUUGGAAGUCAGCAUGCGAAAACUUCCUUAUUCUAUGUGAUCAUGUCCCUGGUAAAGAAAAUGUGAUAGCUGACUCUCUUUCUCGUUUCCAGAUGGCCCGAUUCAGAGAAGCAGCACCAACAGCAUCAAAAGACCCGGUGAACAUUCCAUCACUACAAGAACUUGUUUUGUACUAG